AUGAUGUCAGAAUUUGAUGUUAGUUUGUAUAGCGACAUUGAACCACUGCCAAUCGAAACAGGCUUGGACAAUGAGCUUUGUCAAAUCAUGUACACUGAUGAGUACAAACAGGUUAUAGGGAUUGCUAGACGGUUGAUAAGCAAUGGGGAAUUCUCUGAGAGAGCACUAGACUUAACUUCUUGUGUGAUUGAUUUAUCUCCUGCUUUCUACACAAUCUGGAAUUAUCGUUUUAACAUAGUCACUGCAUUGAUGGCAGUCAGUGGUGACAUUGAAGCCUUUUUGAAUAAAGAGCUUGAUUGGCUGGAUGAGGUGACUUUAAAUAAUCCUAAGAAUUAUCAAAUUUGGUCCUAUAGACAAGCUCUGCUAGAGGUGCAUCCAAAUGCAUCUUUGAAACGAGAAUUGCCAGUAUUAGAGAUGAUGAUAGAUGAAGAUACAAAGAAUUACCAUGUUUGGUCUUAUAGAAAAUGGUGUGUUCAAAAAUUCAAUGAUUUUACUAAUGAAUUCCAGUUUGCCGAUAGUCUAAUAGAAAAAGACAUUUAUAACAAUAGUGCAUGGACGCAUAGAAUGUUUGUUUUGAAAAAUCUAACAUCAAAUAAGAAUGAAGACAACUGGAACGAACAGUUAAAGAAAGAAACAAUCGAUUUUGAAAUUGAAUAUGCUAAACAAAAAAUUACACUAUGUCCACAGAACGUAAGCAGUUGGAACUACUUAAGGGGGAUACUUGAUAAAUACUUUGAUGAAGAUUACACAAUAAACGGCAUAGAUGAAUUUGCCAUUCAGUAUAUAGAUAAUAUCUUCGAGAAAAACGAAUCUGAACUUACUGAAACUAAUUCUACCAACUUACCACAACUAAAGUCGUCAUAUGCACUCCAAUUUGUUGCUGAUGGCUAUUCAAGGAUCCCAGACAAAAAAAACAUGGCAAUCAAGGCAUACAAAUCUUUAUCAAUCAAGUAUGAUCCAAUAAGAAGAGGCUUAUGGAACCAUAUGAUAUCCAAACUGUCAGCUUGA